GUGCAGAACAUCAGCCUUGCGGAAGGCGAGACAAUCACCGUGGAGACCCUGGGCGGCCUGGAGCCCCUUCCCCUGGCCAAUGAGUCCUUCCUGAUGCGUGGUCAGGUGGUCCGUGGCCCCACCAAUCAGGUGCUGGUCCGGUUCCAGAGCCCCUCCCCUGCCAAUCCAGGGACCUUCCACUUCCACUUUGAAGCGUACUUACUGAGCUGUGCCUUCCCUGCGCGGCCGGCGUACGGCGAUGUCUCUGUCAGCAGCACUCACCCAGGAGGCCAAGCGUGCUUCUCCUGCGUUGUGGGGUACCAGUUGGUGGGGAAGCCCUGCCUGGCAUGCCUCAAUGCCACCCAUCCCUUCUGGAGCCGCCAGGAGCCCACCUGCAUCGCGGCGUGUGGAGGGGUGAUCCAGAACGCCACCACUGGGCGCGUCGUGUCGCCAGGCUUCCCGGCCAACUACAGCAAUAACCUCACCUGUCACUGGGUGUUGGAGGCACCACCUGGGCAGCGGCUGCACCUGCAUUUCGAGAAGGUCUCCUUGGCAGAGGAUGACGACAGGCUUAUAAUCCGCAACGGCAACAACAUCGAGGCGCCUCCGGUGUACGACUCGUACGAAGUCGAGUAUCUGCCCAUCGAGGGGCUGGUCAGUACCAGCCGUGGUUUCUUCAUUGAGUUUUCCACGGACAGUGGCGGCGUGGCCGGCGGCGUGGCCCUGCGCUAUGAGGGUGAGUGGCCUGGAAGAGCUGGGCCCUUCGUCAAGUACGGGAACUUCACCUCCAGCAACGGCAGCUACAAAGUGGGCACCACGGUGGAGUUUGCCUGCGAGCCCGGCUACACCCUGGAGCAAGGCUCGGUCAUCAUUGAGUGCGUGGACCCCGCCAACCCGCAGUGGAACGAGACGGAGCCGGCCUGCCGAGCCGUGUGCAGCGGGGAGAUCACGGAUGCGUCCGGAGUGGUUUUAUCCCCCAACUGGCCCGAGCCGUAUGGAAAAGGGCAGGACUGCAUCUGGGGGGUCCACGUGGAGGAGGACAAGCGCAUCAUGCUGGACAUACAUGUGUUGCGCUUGGGCAAAGGGGACACGCUGACCUUUUACGACGGGGACGACCUGACGGCCCGCAUCCUGGGCCAGUAUUCCGGCUCCCACCGGCACUUCCAGCUCUUCACCUCCAUGGCCGACAUCACCAUCCAGUUCCAGUCGGAUCCGGGAAGCAGCGCCGUCGGUUACCGGCAGGGUUUCAUCGUCCAUUUUGCCGAGGUUCCCCGCAACGACACUUGCCCGGAGCUGCCGGAAAUUCCCAACGGCUGGAAGACCACCUCGCACCCGGAGCUGAUCCAUGGGGCUGUGGUUACCUACCACUGCUACCCUGGCUAUGAGCUGGUGGGCACGGAGCUCCUGAUGUGCCACUGGGACCUGGUGUGGAGCGGGGACCUGCCCUCCUGCCAGAAAGUGACGGCAUGUCCGGACCCCGGAGAUGUGGAGCACAGUCGGCGCAUGGUGUCCACCAGCAAGUUCCCGGUGGGCUCCACCAUCCAGUUCCUCUGCGACGGGGGCUUCGUCCUGGCCGGAUCUGCGGAGAUCGCCUGCCACGACCGGCCGGCUGGGGGUCCGAAGUGGAGUGACCGCCUGCCCAAAUGCAUCCGUAAGGCUUCCACCUAG